AUGUCUGGUCCUCUCGCAAACGCCAAGAUCGUUCUCCGUCGCUCCAGCGAGCGUGGAUAUGCCGAGCACGGCGGCUGGCUAAAAUCUUUCCACACAUUCAGCUUCGCUGGCUACUACGACCACAGAUUCCAAAAUUUCGGAAGUCUGCGAGUAUUGAAUGAAGACCGAGUUGCACCCCGAAAUGGAUUCGGAACUCAUCCCCACCGCGAUGCAGAGAUCUUCAGCUACAUUCUCAGCGGAGAGCUCACGCACCGUGACAGUAUGAUCAAAAAGGGAGCCGAAGGGGAGCAAGGAAAAGACUUCUAUCGCAUGAAGCGAGGAGAUGUGCAGUUCACCACUGGAGGAACUGGAAUUGCUCAUUCUGAACAAAACGAAUCCAACAAGCCAGUGCAUUUCCUUCAGAUCUGGGCACUCCCAUGGAAGCACGGCCUCAAGCCGCAGUAUCACACUAUGACUUUCGACGAAGAUGCCAAGCGCAAGGAGUUUGUUCACAUUCUAUCGCCACUCGCCGCCGGUCCCGAAGCCAAGCCAGCGGAUGAAGAUGCCGCUAUCCCCAAGAUCCCGGGCACUAUUCCCAUUCACGCCGACUUUGUGAUGGGUGCCGGUAUUAUUGCGCCUUCUUCCACGUUCACGUGGAAUGUUGGUGCUGGCGAGGUGGUCAGCUCUAAGAAGAAGCGCAACGUUUACAUCCAUCUUCCUAUGACAAAGCAGGGCAAGAUGAAGAUCAAGCUCAACGGAAGUGAGGAUGCCGUGCUUGAAGAGGGAGAUGGCGCUUUCAUCACACAAAUCAAUGCCGGUGACCCGCUCCGCGUGGAGAGCAUCGGUGAGGUGGAAGCGGAGGUCAUUGUCCUCGACAGUAACUGA